UUAUUUUGUGUCAAUCCAUUUGUUAGUUUAUCUUUGUUGCAUUACACUGUGUAAGGGUUUGAUCUCCUUAUGGAAGAAGUGUUUCCUCCGUCUCAUGUUUUUAUUAAUCACAGAGGACCUGAUGUCAAGAAAACCCUUGCCAGCCAUAUCUAUUAUGCUCUCGAAACGCAUGGAUUGAGGGUAUUUCUCGAUAAACAGGAAUUGCAAGUGGGGGAUUUCUUAACCCCUGCAAUUCAAUCUGCCAUUCGUAGUGCCUCCGUUAAGAUCGCCAUUUUCUCCAAAACAUAUGCUCAAUCCCCGUGGUGUUUGGAUGAGUUGGUAUAGAUGCUUGAUUCUGACCCUACUACUAUUAAGAUCAUCCCCAUUUUCUAUGACAUCGAACCUUCAGAACUUCGUCAUGUGGAGAAGGGAGCAUAUGCCACAGCCUUUGAGGAGCAUAGAAGGAAAGGCAGGGUUACCGAUGAACGAGUGGAAAGCUGCAUAAAAGCCCUCGAAAAAGUUUCUGCUAUUUCUGGCAUCCCAUUCAGGACAGAGAUAGACGACCAUGGAGAGCGAUUGAAUGAAAUCGUAGAGACUGUAUUAGAAAAGGUAGUAAGGGAACAACUACAUGUGUGUGACUACCCAGUGGGACUUCGCCAAGCGGCAGAGCAUUUUGAAAAGGUGGUUCUGAGUCGAAAUGAAUCAAAGAGCACCCACGUUGUCGGGAUUGUGGGGCUAGGCGGAUCGGGAAAGUCAACUCUGGCUACUCAUCUCUACAACUCCAUGUAUUCCCAAUUCCAGAGAUGUUGUUUCUUGUCUGAUGUGAGUAAAGAGAAAAUACCAUGUCUGCAGCAAACACUCAUCAGAAAUCUGCUGCGUGAUAAGAAUUUGUGUAUUGAGGAUUCGCGUAAAGGUAAGGCCUUGCUUCAAGAUCGUCUGCGUGGGUUGACACGCGUUUUGAUUGUUUUUGAUGAUAUAGAUAAUACAGAGCAAAUUGACUAUCUGUUAUGUGUAAAGGAUGUGGUGGGAAAUGGCAGUCUGAUUUUGGUGACAUCUAGAGACCAAACUUUGUUUGUCAGUUCUAAAAUAGAAAUAUACAAUGUCAAAUUACUAGUUGAGAAACAAGCCCAAGAGCUAUUCUGCUGGUAUGCCUUCGGCAACACCAAACCAGUCGACGAUUUGAAAGAUAUAAUGGAAGAGUUGGUUAGAAUGUGUGGUGGUUUUCCUUUAGCGUUAAAAAUUUUAGCGGGGCAGCUCCACAAUGAACGUGACCCAAGAAAGUGGAAGCAGCAGUUGAAAAGCCUCCGUAAAUAA